CCUCCCGAGGCCCCGCCCCCCAAGCGCGCCGCGCCGUGCGCACUUCCGGUGCGCGGGGCGGGGGCCGGAAGCGGCGGGCGCGGGCGGUGCCGGGCGCUGGAGGAGCGGGAGCGCGGUGGGAGGUGGUGGACAGCGGUAGAGAUGGAAAGACUGGUUGAACGGUUGGAGAAAGCUGUGGAGCGCCUGGAAACAGUGUGCCAAGGACCUGGCAUGUGUGGAGAAAGUUCUUCCAAAGGAGUGGUGCAGUACGUGCAGGCCUUCGAUGCCCUUCUGGCAGGCCCGGUAGCUGAGUAUGUAAAGAUCAGCAAGGAAGUUGGCGGGGAUGUGCAGCAGCAUGCUGAAAUGGUUUACGCAGGUUUGAUGAGUGAGAGGGCUCUUCUGGUGAUGGCUUCUCAACACCAGCAGCCAGCAGAGAAUGUGUUCCCGUCACUUCUGAAACCGAUUUCAGAGCAAAUCCAAGUGGUGCAGAAUUUCAGGGAGAAGAACCGUGGUAGCAAACUGUUCAAUCAUUUAUCAGCAGUUAGCGAGAGCAUCCCAGCCCUGGGCUGGGUGGCCAUGGCUCCAAAGCCUGGCCCUUACGUGAAGGAAAUGACAGAUGCUGCCAUGUUUUAUACCAACCGGAUCCUCAAGGAGUACAAGGAUGUCGAUAAAAAGCACGUGGACUGGGUGAAAGCUUAUCUGAGUAUCUGGACGGAGCUGCAGGCCUAUAUCAAAGAGUAUCACACCACAGGACUGGCGUGGAGCAAAACGGGUCCUGUAGCAACAGAAGGGGCUAAAUCACCGUCCACUCCACCAGCUGGGGCUGCACCUCCCCCACCAGGGCCUCCUCCCCCACCUGCUCCUGCCCCCACGACCUCCAGCACAGAUGACUCUGCCUCCCGCUCCGCGCUCUUUGCCCAGAUCAAUCGGGGAGAAGGCAUCACCUCUGGCUUAAGACAUGUUUCCGAUGACAUGAAGACCCACAAGAAUCCAGCACUGAAGAACCAAGGGGGUCCUGUGAGAAGUGGACCCAAACCUUUCACUGCUCCCAAACCAGCCUGUAAUGCUAAUCCCUCCCAGAAAAACUCUCCAAAGGCACCUGCACUGCUAGAAUUAGAGGGCAAAAAGUGGAGAGUGGAAAACCAGGAGAAUGCCACUAACCUGGUCAUCAGUGACACAGAAUUGAAGCAGGUAGCAUAUGUUUUCAAGUGCUCAAAUAGUACACUCCAAAUCAAAGGCAAGAUCAACUCCAUCACCCUUGAUAACUGUAAGAAGCUGGGUCUGGUGUUCGAUGACGUGGUGGGCAUCGUGGAGAUCAUCAACAGCAGGGAUGUUAAAGUUCAGGUAAUGGGUAAAGUGCCAACGAUUUCCAUCAACAAGACAGACGGUUGCCAUGUGUACCUGAGCAAGGACUCCCUAGACUGUGAAAUUGUCAGUGCCAAGUCGUCGGAGAUGAACAUCCUUAUUCCCACGGAGGGCGGUGACUUUACUGAAUUCCCUGUCCCAGAACAGUUCAAGACGGUGUGGAACGGUCAGAAGUUGAUUACCACUGUGACAGAAAUUGCUGGCUAAGCAGAAACACUCCAAGGCUCAUGCCCUCCCCUGGCCCUGCUGUGGGACAAAUCUGCUUUCAGAUGAUUCUCUUAGAUUUCUUGUACCUUUCUGCUCUCAAAAUGCUUCUCUUCUACCCAAGAGACACAGCUGCCUGCCGCCACUGAAACGCCUCUGGCUGGGUUGGCUGUAGUCAGUUAUUGGCCACAUCUGGUAGCAGGAAGGUGUAUUUUCUUUCUUCCCUUGUCUGAUCUAACUACACCAAUUGAUUCAGUCACAUUUUCUUUGGAUUUCACAGCCAGUACUUGCAGUUGGCUUUCAGAGCGUUGUUUGGGUUUUUUUGUAUUGCCUUUAAGCGAACUGUUCAUGUGAGAGAGGAGUGUUGUCCCCUUUUUAACAGAUAACGGUUUAUGGUGGGGCCCAGGUAUGGCAGAUGUCUCAAGGAGGUCCUGGAAGCUGUUAAUUCCAGCUCUGUGUAGUCGUCGGUGGCAUUACAGGACGUGGGAAUGGCUUUGUCGGACCAAAGGCUUAGGACCUGGGCCACAGCAUUCCACCCCGAUUUCUCUUUCAUCAUUCCUGCUAGCUCAGUGUGUUUCUGAUUGUGCCAUGACGGGAGGCUUUAUGUUAAUCAGUGCCACAGGAAGACUGCAGCAGAGUAACCAGCAGUCUGGCUGGUAGCUUGGAGCUGAGCACCUCUUAUUCCAUGAGCCCUGCAACCUCACCAGGGAAUCUUUGCCCUGGCCCCAGGGCUUCCUUCUCGGAGCAGCUGAACUCAGGUUCAGUCUUCCAGGGUGAUUCUUCUGAGCCUGUCCCCUUUGGCAGAGGAAGGGUCUCCUCCAUUCCAGGGUCAGUAGUGCAGCAUUGUAAAUACCUGAGUUGUAUUUUGUUGGUUCAUCGCUCUCUUCCUCAUUUGCUAUCAGUCCCCAUCCUCUCCACCUCCCCCUUUCCCUGUUGCUUUGCUCUUUGCUUUGGCAGAAGCUCGCAGCCUCUGCUCCAGGGUGCUGGCACAAAGCGAUGGAUCUGAGACACAGUACUGUACUGACCCACAAAGGGAGCUGCACGUGCUUUGACCUUCAUUUUUCCAAUGCCUCGGGUGGCAUAAGCAUAUCUUAAAUGCAUUUCCUCUGUAAAGUGUCAAUGUUCUUUUUCUCUAGGACAAAACUUACAAAAAAAAUAUGCAAUUUUUUAAUUUGAGACUGUCCUGUGACUUGUACGUGUCUUCUCCUGAGGCUUGUGGAAAAACCUUUCUUAUGUACUUAAAAUUAUACAGAAGAUAGAAUAAAGAUAAUGCCAACUUGCUCA